AUGGCGAGGACGUUUAUCUCGGCCCUGAUUUUUCUCUUUUAUGGGAAAUUGAUGGCCAGUGAAACCGGUCCACCAAAUUUUGCGCGAAGGGCCACUGAAGUUACUCUGGACAUAAAUAGCCCGGACCUUUCCACUUUUGAAAUGUUUAAUCUAAAGCCACAUAAUAUAGAGACACCAUCAUAUACAGCAAAGUCUGAUUGUUUUAUAGAAAAGGUGGUAGAAGGAGAUGCUACCAUCUGUGAAUGUUGUCCAAAGAGAGCAUUCGUCAAAGUCACACAUUGUUUUAUAAAAGAUCUAUUUGAUCUUAUCCAUGUAUAUACUAUAGGUUUAAAUGGGACAAAGAAUGUCCGCUAUUUUCUCAAGAAGGAUGGUAAGUGGUCUUCUCUCAAAGAAGAGGAAUUCUAUGACCACUUUAAUGCACUCUCGAUCAUUAAUCAUGAUUUUGACAAGAAGACCUUCAAACUUGAUGAAGGAAAAAGCGACUGGAACUUUUAUAUUAAUGAGUCUCCCAAGUCCCCCUUUGCAGUUUAUGGAACCAGAAGUACGACUAGGGUUACCAAGAUUGUUACUACAAGAUACACUGGUACCACAAUAUGGAAGAGAGAGAAUGAUGAAUGGUGUACCAAACUCACCUUUUAUCCCAGAGAGGGAGAUCAUAAACUCCUCUGGAUAGUCACCAAGGACCCAUAUGAGAAUGAGAAUAUCCUCUACUACUCCAAGAUGAGUGGGUCAUGGAAGUCUGUUGACAAGAAUGGGUAUCUGGAAGACUUAGCCAAGGCUGGAUUUGACAGGUCAACCUUCAAUGAUAGGGUUACCCUGGACAUAUCCAAUGUAGACGACCAACUCUUCUUCAUUGACAAAUACCAAGUUGACAUUGUAGUAGAAAACAGACACCACGUCCUUCCGGGAUUUAGAAUUAACAAGGUAGUGCAGGGUAAGGAUAUCAUCUGGGAGUCUUCAGAUGACAGAUUCUCUAUCCACUUUAGUUUCCAUGGUAUAGGUGAUGACACCUCACUUGGUGCUCUAUUUACCACGAAUACUAAAAAGGAGCACAAGAUCAUUUACCUCAGAAAAUUGAAUGGAAAGUGGGUGACUAUCACCAAGGAUGAAUACGAGGACAUUUUGGCCGGUAGGAAUAAUCCAAUUUACACUCAUGAAUCUACUGGUAAAAUUGUAAUGAGCAGUUUUAAGAAUAAGCAAGGUAUAAAGAUUGCAACAUAUGCCUCCAGAGUUGAAGAUGCCAAAGCAGACAUUCUUCUUGUCCAUGGAGCUCGUUCACAUCUCACGUCAGACUUUCUCACAUUUAACAUGGACUGGAACUAUGAGCGUUAUGGCUUCGAGAUAUUCCCCUAUUGCAGUAUUUUUGAUGAACCAGUAACUGUCAAGAAGGUAUCAAAUGCAGAACGCUAUAGAUCUUACUUUGAGUACAAGACCCUAGAAGGAAUGAACCCGCUAGAUAUUCUUCACAGGUCUCAGUAUAAGGGCACAUUCAUAGAGGCUCUUAAUAGACUUGGGUAUAAUGUCUAUAGUUAUGACCAUCAAUCACAUGGUUUUUCUGAAUCCAAGACUGAACGAAGAUGUCAUGCUGAGAAAUUCAUGGAUUAUAUUUAUGAUUUACUUCAGUUUGUAAGUAUAAUGAGGAGGGGUAAAUUUGGAUAUCCUAAUGAAAAGUGGGAUGAGAAGGUAGUCUUCAAGAGUCACACCACUGAUAAAAAGACAUUCUUGUUCGGAUUUUCACUGGGUGGAAACGUGGUAGUAAGAGCUGUGCAAGAAUUUAACAAGGAGAUAAAGAAUCCAAAAGCUAAAUUUGUAGAUGGUCUAGUUGGCUUUUCUACCAUGCUUAAUGUUGAUCCAUACCUUGAUGUGUGGUACAAACAAGUAGCAAGACCAUUUGAAGAGGGUAUCGCAUGGAUGGAUCCAAAAUCAAAGAGUCCAUACCAAUAUCCAUAUAACAUUGCUCUCCACUUUGAAAGAUUUGCCGAUUAUCAUACUGACAUUAUUUAUUAUAGUGAUCGAUACACUAGAAAUAUGGCGAUGUCUCCUUUUAGUGCAUGCAGAAGGGCUAUGAAAGAUCAUAGGAAACAGUUUUAUCCAAAAGAUCAGCCAACACUACUUGUGCAUACUAUUGAUGAUAACCACUGUGACGUAAAGGGUCCAAGGAAGAUGGUUAAUAAGAGACUCAAGGAAAGUAAGGUUGCAAAACUCGUAGAAUGGAAAGGAUGUGGACACCAUAUGGCUGCUAUUCAACUCAUUCCUAUCUUGGUACCAUUGUUGGAAAAGUGGCUACAUGAACACUUUCCAGAUAAAGCGAGUGGAGCUAAACCCUUACAGGUUCCCUCUAAUGUUAAAGAGGGAGAACCCGCAGUACCCGUUCAGUCUAACCUCCGCCAUGUUGCACCCAAAGAAGUCGUUCAACAACUAGAAGGAACUACUCUUGACCUCUCUUCUCCCAGUCCUUCCCUGUUUACCAUAACAGACCAUGUACUUUAUGGAGUGAAUCAUAGAGCUUUUGUUCCCAAGGAUGGAUCUUCUCUAGUAUCAGUGGUUGAUAACGGAGAUACGCUUUGGACUGCUACAGACACUCAAGAAGGAUGUACAGGUGCCUACCUAUUCUCCAGGGAAGGGUACCCCUCUCUUCUCAGUGUCUAUACAAGGGGUGCCGGAGAUGAGACCUUUUGUUUUGAAAAGGAUGCUGGAGCAUGGAAGAAUGUGGACAAGAGAUACUUCGAAGAUAGGCUCCACUCAAUGAAGGACCUUUCUGCACCUGCUGGUGAGAAGCAUACGGAGAGAGAUACAUGA